AUGAAACGUGGUGGAUUUAACAAAUGGAACCCUUGGAAGGCAAAAUCCAGUGGAGGAUUUCAACAACCAAAAGAUAAACCUCUUUACUAUAUAACGAAUGACAAUAAAAACAAUUCCGAUAGUGCCAGUGUAAAUAUUGAUAAAGACAGCUCACAUUUAACUUUUUCAACUGAUUUGGAGAGUGGAUGGUUUGCAGGAUGGAAAUUAUACUUCCCAGAAAAAAGUUUCAAGAAAUCGGUUGACUUAGUUCAACGAAUUCGUGCAAUGGAAAAACAUUUUGCCACUUUCAGUCAUUGGUAUGACACAACGGAAAUAAGCCAGAAUUGUGAACUUUUUCUGAAUCUACAGAACAUUGAAGAAGAUGAAACACUUUUCAUCGAAUGGUCAAACUUUUUUGAUGAAUUAAGGACGAAAACAACACAAACUUUGGCUUGUGUGUCACUUGCAAUGCACAACAUAAUUUUGAAUAAUAUUAAAGAAACAUCACAGACUAAUGAAAUUUCACAACAUAAAAAGAUAUUUACAAGACCUGUUGGCUUUGAACCAAAAAUAAAUUUAAAUAAAGCUCUUGAAACGUAUAACGAGCUUAUUACUGUCAGUGGAACUGUUAUCCGUGUAGAACCUUUCGAACUCGCUACCAAAAUGAUUUGCUUUCGGUGUAAAAUGUGCAACGCAGAACUUGUUGUUAAACAAACCAGACAAAGUUCUCAAGAUGUAAAUCCAUCGUCAUGUCACAAGGGAUGUCCAGCUCGUGGUAAUUUUGUUAAACAACUCUCAUCGCCUUUUACCUCAUAUUACCCGAAACAAAUGAUAAAGAUUCAAGAAUCAUUGACUGAGGAUUCUGAGAAGAUACUACGAACAUUAGACGUGGAAUUGAUUCAAACGUUUGUCAACACUGUUGUCGUUGGAUCAAUUGUGACUGUAACUGGCGUUAUUAAACAUGGAUUUGGUAAAUCACAGCAAUUCUUGGAAAAGGGAGAAGCCAAAUCAUUCAAACCUUAUCUCAAAUGUUUCUCGAUGGAAGGAAAACGUCAAUCAAAGAUUCGUGAUGAAAUGACGCCAAAAGAUUUAGAAUUCAUUCAAAUGAUGAAAGCUGAGCCGUCACCAUUUCGAAUGUUGGUUCAUUCAUUAUGUCCAACAAUUUAUGGGCGUGAAGAAAUUAAAGCUGGAUUGGUGUUGGCGCUUCUUUCAGGACGCGAUCUUGUGACAAAAAGACGUUCAGAGAGUCACGUUUUGUUGGUUGGAAAUCCUGGCACUGGAAAAUCAAAACUUCUUCAAUCAUGCACAGAAGCUUCUAGCAAAGGAAUUUAUGUGAAUGGACCAACAAGUACUGGAGUUGGUCUCACAGCAUCAGUUGGAACAAAAGGUGAUAUUGAAGCUGGAGCUUUAGUUUUAGCAGAUGGUGGCGCUUGUUGCAUUGACGAGUUUGAUAAAAUGUCAGCUCAUUCUCAUAUUCUUCUCGAGUCAAUGGAACAACAAACUAUAAGCAUUCAAAAAACUGGAAUUUACGCUAAUCUUCCUUCACGUGUUGUCAUCAUUGCAGCUGCUAAUCCUGUUAGUAGCUUUUAUGAUGAUUCGAAGACACUCAAAGAAAAUGUUAAAAUUUCAGCACCGAUAAUGUCGCGCUUUGAUCUGAUUCUUCCACUCAGAAAUCAUGGAAGGGAAAUCGAUGAACAAUUCUUAGCACAUGUAACAAAAGGCCACGACUUUAGUAACACAUCAAAGAAUUCAUUCUUUAGUCCCACAACAUCUGCGAAAUGUAAACGAGAGAACAGAAAUAAUUUAAAUUGGUUGAAAAAAGAGUCGAAUGAAGAUGUCGAUGUGCUUCCGUCACAAAUGCUUCGACUUUACAUUGCAUACGCUCGUGAUAAUUUUCAUCCAAAACUUUCAAAUGAAGCAAUAAACGAAAUUAGAAGCUUUUACAUAAUCUUGAAGAAGUCAAGUGUUGGUGUUGAUGUUCAACCGAUAUCAAAUCGUCAACUUGAAGCUUUAAUGCGUUUAACGCUUUCACGAGCUCGUGCUGAUCUCGUUACUGAAGCAACUCGCGAUCACGCCCUUGACGUCAUAAAUUUAUUUAAGUUCAGCAUGACUGAUGUCUUUGAUAAUGAUGAUCCCAGUGAAACCAUUGGAUCGUCAUUACCCAAAAAGCGUCAAAAUAUCAAUGUGUCCAAAAUGAAACGUGGUGGAUUUAACAAAUGGAACCCUUGGAAGGCAAGAUCUAGUGGAGGAUUUCAACAACCAAAAGAUAAACCUCUUUACUCUAUAACGAAUGACAUUAAAAACAAUUCCGAUAGUGACAGUGUAAAUAUUUAUGAUAAAGAUAGCUCACAUUUAACUUUUUCAACUGAUUUGGAGAGUGGAUGUUUUGCAGGAUGGAAAUUAUACUUCCCCGAAAAAAGUUUCAAGAAAUCAGUUGAUUUAGUUCAACGAAUUCGUGCAAUGGAAACACAUUUUGCCACUUUCAGUCAUUGGUAUGACACAACAGAAAUAAGCCAGAAUUGUGAACUUUUUCUGAAUCUACAGAACAUCGAAGAAGAUGAAACACUUUUCAUCGAAUGGUCGAACUUUUUUGAUGAAUUAAGGACCAAAACAACACAAACUUUGGCUUGUGUGUCACUUGCAAUGCACAACAUAAUCUUGAAUAAUAGUAAAGAAACAUCACAGACUAGUGAAAUUUCAAAACAUCAAAAGAUAUUUACAAGACCUGUUGGCUUUGAACCAAAAAUAAAUUUAAGUAAAGCUCUUGAAACGUAUAACGAGCUUAUUACUGUCAGUGGAACUGUUAUCCGUGUAGAACCUUUCGAACUCGCUACCAAAAUGAUUUGCUUUCGGUGUAAAAUGUGCAACGCAGAACUUGUUGUUAAACAAACGAGACAAAGUUCUCAAGAUGUGAAUCCAUCGUCAUGUCACAAAGGAUGUCCAGCUCGUGGUAAUUUUGUUGAAAAACUCUCAUCGCCUUUUACCUUAUAUUACGCGAAACAAAUGAUAAAGAUUCAAGAAUCAUUGACUGAAGAUUCUGAGAAGAUAUUACGAACAUUAGACGUGGAGUUGAUUCAAACGUUUGUCAACACUGUUGUCGUUGGAUCAAUUGUGACUGUAACUGGCGUUAUUAAACAUGGAUUUGGUAAAUCACAGCAAUUCUUGGAAAAGGGAGAAGCCAAAUCAUUCAAACCUUAUCUCAAAUGUUUCUCGAUGGAAGGAAAACUUCAAUCAAAGAUUCGUGAUGAAAUGACGCCAAAAGAUUUAGAAUUCAUUCAAAUGAUGAAAGCUGAGCCGUCACCAUUUCGAAUGUUAGUUCAUUCAUUAUGUCCGACAAUUUAUGGACGUGAAGAAAUUAAAGCUGGGUUGGUGUUGGCGCUUCUUUCAGGACGCGAUCUUGUGACAAAAAGACGUUCAGAAAGUCACAUUUUGUUGGUUGGAAAUCCUGGCACUGGAAAAUCAAAACUUCUUGAAUCAUGUACAGAAGUUUCUAGCAAAGGAAUUUACGUCAAUGGACCAACCAGUACUGGAGUUGGCCUCACUGCAUCAGUUGGAACAAAAGGUGAAACUGAAGCUGGAGCUUUACUCUUAGCAGAUGGUGGCGCAUGUUGUAUUGACGAGUUUGAUAAAAUGUCAGCUCAUUCUCAUAUUCUUCUCGAGUCAAUGGAACAACAAAUAAUAAGCAUUUCUAAAUCUGGAAUUUACGCUAAUCUUCCUUCACGUGUUGUCAUCAUUGCAGCCGCUAAUCCUGUUAGUAGCUUUUAUAAUGACUCGAAGACACUCAAAGAAAAUGUUAGAAUUUCAGCACCGAUGAUGUCACGCUUUGAUCUGAUUCUUCCACUCAGAAAUCAUGGAAGAGAAAUCGAUGAACAAUUCUUAGCACAUGCAACAAAAGGCCACAAUCUCAGUAACACAUCAAAGAAUUCGUUCUUUAGUCCCACAACAUCUACGAAAUGUAAACGAGAGAACAGAAAUAAUUUAAAUUGGUUGAAAAAAGAGUCGAAUGAAGAUGUCGAUGUGCUUCCGUCACAAAUGCUUCGACUUUACAUUGCAUACGCUCGUGAUAAUUUUCAUCCAAAACUUUCAAAUGAAGCAAUAAACGAAAUUAAAAGCUUUUAUUUGAAUCUGAAGAAGUUAAUUGUUGGUGUUGAUGUUCAACCGAUAUCAAAUCGUCAACUUGAAGCUUUAAUGCGUUUAACGCUUUCACGAGCUCGUGCUGAUCUCGUUAAUGAAGCAACUCGCGAUCACGCCCUUGACGUCAUAAAUUUAUUUAGGUUCAGCAUGACUGAUGUCUUUGAUAAUGAUGAUCCGAGUGAAACCAUUGGAUCGUCAUUACCAAAAAAGCGUCAAAAUAUGAAUGUGUCGUCAUGGAGUAAACCUAAACAAAUGAAAGCAUUUUACGAACAUCUUCAGACUGAAAAAGAAUCUCAAGAUCGCGAUAUAUUCACAUCAAGUGAACUGAAAUCAAUGGCUAAGGAGAUUGGAGUUAAAGAUUUUGAUGAUAUCGUUUAUCAACUCAAUAACAUGGCUUAUAUUCUUCAGAAGCCGAAUGGUUGGAAA